AAGUCCGUCCCGCCCAUGGCUGAUGGGAAGUCCAGGCCAUGUCCUGCACAGUUCUAGUCGACGUCCACCCACUAGCCCACAAAGUCGGCUCCGUUCUUUGGCUCAGUACCCAGCCAACCACAGCCCGUCAGCUCGUAACCGUCGUUGCUCUGGAGUGCCUCCAUCUCAGCAUUUGCCUACGCGACAACUCUCCAUGAGAUCCCGUAGCCUCGAUGGUCUCUUGGAUGACCCCACACCAGAACCACCAUGCCAUAAUGAGAAGGAGAAACAGUUGCUGAGAGAGUGCGAACAGUAUCUGAGUGCCCAAGAAUUAGAUUCUAAUACAGAACAAAGAGAAGGUGAUGUCCCUGAUAAUGAGGCCCAAACCUGCCCUACCAACUUGGACUUGGACACAGUGUCAACAAGUUCAAGUGAUGAAGCAAGGACAAGGAUUAGUAAGGGCUCGCAUCUUUCACUCCCACUGCCUAGUACAGGUGAACCAAAACGAAAGCGCAAUUUCAUGGAUAGAUGUGUCAAUAAAGUGAGAUCCCUCAUGAGGAAGUGAAGGUAAUGUAAGGUCCUUCUGCCAGGUUAGAAGCCACAAUUAACAACUAGGACAAAAUUAUUUUUACAGUUCAGUAACGAGUGUACAAGAAUGUGUGACUUGAAGCUGUAAGUGACAAAAAUGAACGUGUGAAGUGAUUUAUCACAGAUGUCAGACCCAUUCUACUGCAGCUGUUGGUGAGCGACUCAGGAUAUCUCCACAGAGGUGGAGUAUUUUUGUAUGAAAUGCCAUUCUGAGUGGCACUAUGUGAAUGGUAAGUAUAUACAUUUUAAAAGGUAAUUGUCCAAAUUGUAAAAAUAACCAAAAACUUUAUUAUAUUUUUCAUUUAUAUUCAUAAUAAUGUAUUUUACCAAAGGUAAUUUUAAAUGUUAACUGUUAACUCUGUCUUCAGUGUUAUAUUUAUUUCAUACCAACAAAUCUGAUGCACAGUUCACAGUGACAGCAGUGGGCACAACAAAAAUUAUAUAUAUAUAUCUCCAGUAACACACAAUAAAUAUUUCAUCAUACUUUA